GCUCUUGCGCAGGCAAACGAGGAAUCUGCUUUUGCGCCUCAAUCUUCUGCCCUGGAUUUUCGCACCAAGAAGACCUGAGUCUGCAGGUGUUUUCCCUACACUAUCCUGGCGAUCGGAAAGUCGGAGAACAUCAUGCGGAAUCAGUGCUUACAAAUCAUCGGCGGCGGUGACCAGUGUCAAGGUCGCGGCAUGCCUCUGUGUUUUGUUUAUUUUGACGUGCCCAUUCAGUUUGUUAACGACCACGAAGCGGCCGAAGAUUGCAGGAAGACUUUGGCGUCGCCUGACCCAUGCUCCAGCUCGGGCGCCGCUGAAGAAUCGGCGCCGUCAAAUGAACUGCCGGGAAGCUCUUUGCAGAAAAAAGCCACAGAUCGAGGGGAGGACGCGAGUGGCCACCACCAGUUUGAAAAUCGAACGUCAAAAGAUUUCAAGGAUCAAAAUCACAAACGAAUCAAAGCAGAGGCCUCAGAAAUGCUGCUGAGGGAAACCUGGAACGCGCCAAGACCACCAUCGUCGUGCAACACGAUUGUACAAGAGACGGUGACAACUACUACUUGUCGACGACGACUGCCUUCCGCCCCCGAGGCCCGCCUCCGCCGCCUCUUCUUGGCCGCCCCCACCGCUCAGCAGCCGGCAGCUCGCCCCCUCUCGGCCCCUGCGAUGUGCAGCGACUCAGUUUUGCUGCCCGGCGACACCGGCACGCUCAUGCCCAAAAACCGGACGCCCUGCUACUGCCACCACCAGCACGAUGGCAACAAGGACCAGCAGAUGCAACAGCACAUCGAGUUUUCCUGUCGUCUCAACUUCGACGACAUGAAUUACAACUACAAUUACAUCGAGAAUGAAUAUUUCCUGCCCGCGAGAAUCAUCCCCCGCUUCUCGUCUCUUCCGAGGACGAUGUCCAUGCUCGCGAACAUUUCAAAAUCGUCAAGCUCGAGUGAAAACGAAGAGGAGUGCCACAGUUUGGCCGACAGUCUUGAGGAUUUGUCCAGAUUGAGUUCGCGCCUAGGCGACGCCAAGUCGGCUUUGACGACGGCCCUGUCCACUCAGCAACCGCCGAAAUCGCCUCUUCCCAAACCUGAAAAGUUCUUCGUCAACCUGAAGGAGCAGGAGCAAAACAACUUCGGUCUGCAGCUUCCCGAAUUCCUGAGGGAGAAGCUGGAGAAGCGCCGGCUGGAGUUGGAGAGGAAAAAGGCGCUCGACCCUUUGCCGACGCCCAGAACCAGGACGCCGCGCCUCAACAGGGCCAGACGCAUCGUCAUCAACAAGUUCAACCAGUUCGAAAGCAUUCCCGAGGAAAAUCUCGACACCAACAACAGGAUCAAGAUUGCGCGAUCCAGAGCUUUGGCCCGAAAUUACCAGCCGCGCUUCCAAGUGGGCCACUCGCAGCGAGCGCUCCAAGGAAUAGUGCAAGAGACAAAAGACUUGUCAAUCUUGUCUUCCAAGAUUGACGGCAGAGAAGCCAUCCAGUCGGUGGUUCCGUUGCCAAUGCCAAAGGUCAAAGGCAAGCGCCUUACGGACAUGGCGGCCGCGACCCCUGGUUGGGGAAAUUUCUACGUCAUCAAGGGCGACGAGGACGCCAAAGGUGACGCUCCGAAAGCAAAAAGUGCGCGGAAAAAGUGGACGAAAAUCGAAACUAGCAGUUCUGAGGAGAGAAUAACCACAACAAUCAAAGUGCAAAACCCUUCCAACAUGAGGCAGCAGCAACGGGCAGCCAGCUCGGUCACAAAGUCAACCUCUUAUUCUCUGCCCAGAUUAUCUAGUGGUGGACGCGCGAGUUCGAGUGACAGAAUGCGACCUGUGCCCAACAUGCAAAGGCACCCUCCUGUUCCCGCCAUCAAGCGGAGACAGUCCAAGGACGUCGCCCUGCCUUCCCUUCAGUCUCCGACCGACGAGUCUGUCAAGUUCAGGACUUUCACAAGGAGCAAGAGUGGAAGAGAAACGGCGCCUCUUUCGCCGUCCAAAGCCAAAGUUGCGGUCGUCAAGCAAAGCAACAUUCUCGCAAAGUCUGAAAUCGAGCCCGGCACAAUCGUGGCCGAGGCUGGCUCCACCGACUCUGGCACUUGGAGCGUCACCCUGUCCGGUCUCUACCCUCAACCGGAAAUGGAGCUCAGACUGGUUUUUCCUCCACUGGCAGAUGGCGAGGAUAAAAAUGACGAAAAGCAGGACCCCCAAGGAGACAAGGACGAACUCAAGAAAAGCAGUCCCAAGACGAAGGGGAAUGUGAGAGCAGUGCCUAGUCCAGCAGGGGGAGAAAACUGCGCCAAUUACAUUUUGAACAUCAAGAAUGGAGAGGGAAAAGGCAGCAGCAAACAAGCUAGCCAGAGACCUGGCAGUGGCGGGUCGGUGAAAUCAAAUCCGCGGUCUCGACCCAAUUCUGCAGGCAGCCCAAGGGGUAGUCCAAGCAAAUCUAAAGCGCUAGUUCCUGCGUCAAAAGCUCUGGUUUCGAAAGAGCCGGAAAUGUCUCUGACGCCUCCGAGUGGGACGGACGAGGUUUUAAUGUGGCCGGAAAUGCAGGCGUUGCUUCAGGAACAAAUGACCAGGCACGUCAAAAAGCAAAUCACAACCGUCACCACAAGUGAGACGAUGACUACGACGACCGAAGGGGCAAUCAUGGUGCAAAGACUGCGAGGGGGAGAGAGCACCGAGGCCCUCAACUUCUCUCCCGACCCGCAGCCCUUGGAGGGGAACAACAUGGCAGUGGUGUCGCACAGAAGGAAGCGAGCCUCCAGCUAGUCUUCAUUCUAAAAUCUCUUUCAGUCUAAUUUAUACUUAAUACUUUUGAAUGUGACUUCUAAAAAUAAAAAUAAUCUAUUUUAAUUAAAAACUCUCAAACUCAAACGGAACUCUGUUGAUUGGGCGUCUCGAUAGAAAGUCGAAAUACUUUAAUCAACUUUUAUCAUGAAAAGUUGGCGAAACUCAUUGUCGUAGGUGCUAGUCUAUGUUAACAAUUGAGUUUCUCCAUUGCUUCAAUUUGCCUCUCAUCUCUGUACAUAUUGAUGUGGAAACUCAUAAUCAAGCACUUGUGAAUAAAAUAAAUUUUUGUAUUAAUUAAAAAAAGAAUUACAAAAUAAUACAUAUUCAUGAA